UUUUACCAGCAUAACUACUAUUUCCUCUGUUCAGUACGCUCUUCGUUUUUGUAAGAAAAUGCAUAAACUCAUGAUCAUUCCAUUCUUCCUCCUAUCCUGCUUUCAAUCCACUCAGGAGAGUCAAAAAUCCAAUGAGAAAGAUAGCGAGCAACUGUCUAACCCUGAGUUUGGAUCUCUCCAAAAGAGCUUGGAGGUAGGAAUUGGCCAGAAUGUGACCCUGUCCUGUCGAUCCACCAGUGGCUCUCUUCCUAUCAACUAUACAUUUUUUAGAGGAAGUCAGAAUCUGUGGCCGACUAUACUGAAGACGGACAGGAACCCAGCCCUGUUUAACCUAACUAUCAGUUCUGCCAGUGAUUUGGGGGAAUAUAAAUGCAAAGUUGUAAAUGGAAUCUCCAACAGUGCAAAAUACAGCGAGAGUCUCAACUUUACGUUACUAGAUCCAGUGUCCAAACCAGUGCUGAGCACGACUACUUCCCAAGUGAGGAUAGGCCAGAAUGUGACACUGUCUUGUCACUCAGAAAACGGCUCUUCUCCCAUCAACUAUGUUUUUUUUAAAGGAAGGAAGACUAUGUCAUCCAAAAUAUCUAUGCAAGGGAAGGCUGCAGCUGUGUUAAAUGUAACUAUCAAUUCUUCCAGUGACUUGAGUGACUAUAAAUGCAAAGCUGAAAAUAAUAUCCCCAAUAACACAAAAUAUAGCAACAGUCUCAACUUUACGCUAGCAGAAGAGGAUGGCCUUUCCUAUCCCCUCUCCAUUUCUCUUGUGCUACUGUUUCUGCUGGUGGUGAUAGCAACUGCCCUGCUGGUCCCGUUUCUGAUCCUGCCUUGGCGUAAAGCAAGAAAACUGAAGUCAACAGGCUCCUCAACUGAUUUUGUUUCAACGGACAAGGCAACAGGAUCUGAAAACUAUGUAACAUACACUGAGAUUGAGUAUGCUAAAUCUGAAGAAGUGGAGUACGCCAACAUACUGAUUAGAAAAGAGGAGGAACAUAGGAAAGUGAACAUGAGGGCAGAUACUACAGUUGUCUACUCUGAAGUCAUCGUAAGAGAUGAAACACAACAAGCAGAGACUGGCAUUUGUCACCAUAUAUCAGCAGCAUGUGCAUUAGCUAGACUCUCAACCAAGGAAAACUUAUCCAACUUACUGAAAAUAUCCUUUCUUCCAGGAGACAAAAUCCUCUAGGACACAUCUUUGAGCCUGCACUGCAGAAAGAGGCAAACCCAGCUCUGUCCAUCAAGGGUAAAGCAGGGCUAAUAAUGCACAUCUGAAGAGUUUACCAAUUCGAGAACUUCUACAGCCAGGAAAACUUUUAUCAAACUAGCAGGCUCUGCAACUGAGCAGGAUUAUCCCUGCCUUACCUGUGGUGGAUAGAUAUGGUUUUACCUCUUUCUGCAGUGCAGUCUGGAAGAGGUGUCCUGAGCCUGCCAUUUGAAAUAAGGGUAAGUUUUCCUGGCUGUGAAAGUUCUCCAAUUGGUAAGCUUUCCAGAUGAGCAUUAUUAGCCCUGCUCGACCCAUGAUGGACAGACCUGGGUUUGCCUCUUUCAGCAGUGCAGGCUGGAAGAUCUUCAUAAAGGAUUUGGAUUUGAUAGAGAAUGAAUGCAUCAGAAAGCUUUAUCAACAUCAGUUUUGGAGGAUGUCACGGGUACUUCCCCACUCACAUAAAUAAGAAUGAAUGGUAUCUCGCAACAGA